CCUCCUUGUUAUCUCUCGGUGGGCGUGAAAUCCAGAAGCGAUCGUCGUGAAUCAUGGCCGAGGACCACACCGAUAGUUCGUUAACAUCGAUUGAUGAUGAGGAGCGGACUGAUAACACGGAGAAUUUGUGCGAAAAUCCUACCCGCGACAUCCUGACCGAGGGCUUCUUCCGUCUAUUCAAGCCCGUUAUCGAUGAUCUGGAGAACAACAUCAAGGGGGCGAGCAGCACACAGAACGAACUACGCACGCAACUGGAAGAGUUAUCGGGUGAAAUGAAGAAUCUCAACUUUGAAAAUGAUCCCGUGCUGCACGAGUACUUCAAACGGAUGGUGCGCGUUAAGCAGAAGGUCGUGGUGAUCAUGAACAUCCUGCAAGGUGCCCAAGAACGGUUGGUUCUACUCUGCCAACAACAGGAAAUGAGCAGGUCUCCGGAUGCUGCAGCAUCGGCUGCCCCGUAAUGUCUCACACCGUGGCACGGCGUGGGAAGGUGCUACUGAAUUAAGUAUUAGCCAUUUAUGUUUGUUUUCUGUUUGAAGAGCAAGCCCAAAGUUUAAGUUUAUUGAAUGAUAUCUUUAACGUAAAGAGUAA